AUGACCUCACCGCAACACCUCCUCGUCGAUGUCCGCUCUCCCCUUGAAUUCGCAUCCGGUGCGCUCGCUAGCGAUAUAGCACCCACCGUGAACAUCGAGUUCCAAAUCAUCGACCAAUUGCCCGAGAUAUACGCUGCGCGCGGCAUCGACGUCUCCAAAGACGACGAUAUCACGCUCUACUGUCGGUCUGGAAGACGGUCCAAUAUUGCUUUGCAGACGUUGAAGAAUAUGGGGUACCAGCACGUUCGUGAUAUCGGGGGCCUGGAUGAGGCGCGUAGGGUGCUGGAUAAAGAGCAGGUGGACAGACAGUUGGUUGCAGAGAUGGCGGAGAAGGAGGAGAAGGGAGGGGCAGGAGGAUCCGAGGAUCCGAGGACGCAUACGAGGGUGAAGAGCUUAGCUGCGUUGGUGGACGGGCUGAAGGCGUUGGAGGACUGA